GGAUGCAGAGAGACUUGAAGAGUUUUAUACCAAGAACCAGCAGCUCAGAGAACAGCAAAAAGCACUUCAUGACACUAUCAAGGUUUUGGAAGACAGAUUAAGAGCGGGAUUAUGUGAUCGCUGUGCUGUAACCGAAGAACAUAUGAGAAAGAAGCAGCAAGAGUUUGAAAAUAUCCGGCAGCAGAAUCUGAAACUUAUCACCGAGCUUAUGAAUGAAAAGAACAACUUGCAGGAUGAAAAUAAAAAGAUAACAGAACAGUACCAGCAGUUACAGAAGGAGUUGGAGGAGCAAAAGCAACAAGUAGUGGAAGUAGAAGAAGGAGUCAUUCCAGGCUCUCCAGUCCUCACUUCUUCAUUUUCUGUGGUUAAUCGUAUGAGAAGGAAAAAAGAGAAUAGGCAUAUCCGAUACACAGAGCAUACACACACGGAUUUGGAACUUGCAGAAAGCAGCAGUGAGUUUGGAAAACUUCCGCUGUAUUCCACACAAGUCAACAGUCACCAUGGAGAAGAGAUACUAGUGACAGACACCUGUGAUCCACAACUGUCUCCUGUACCAAAUAAACCAAGGAUGGGAGGCUAUCCUGUUCCAAAGCCAUCUUUUAACUUGGCUGCAGUUGUGGCAGAAACAAUUGGACUUGCUGUUCAAGAGGAAUCUGAGUCCCAGAGUGUACUGAGCCCUCCCUGCACUAAUACUGCUAUGAGCCAGGCCCCAGAGAGCAUGCAGUCUGAAGACUCAAGAAGACAGCCAGCUUCUGAAUCAAGAAGUGAUGACAACAAUUUAGGUCUUUCAGAUCUGUCUCGGAACACUCCACCACAUGUUGACUGGGAUACUCGGGUAGCCUCUCCUGUUUUUGGAGCUUCUGGCGGUAUGACGAACAACUCAAGCACAGGUCAUGCCUCUUGUAUUUUAGAUUCAGGACUGAAGCCUAAUCUCAAAACCAACCUCUUCAACAAUCCUUCCAGUUUCCGAUCCCAUAAAAGUAGAUCAAAAUCUGAAGAUGUUGCUUUUGUUGCACCUCUGAAUCUUGGAACUGAAAUCAGCUCAGUUAUCAGUCAGGCCUCUAUCAAUAGGCAAAUGGUUGUGAAAAAUACUGAUGAGGCUAUAACCUGUGUUGGAAACACUUGUGCAUCUAAAAAUGAGGUGAUCAAGAGCGAUUUCCUUCUUGUACGCCAGAGGCAGCCAGAAAGCCGGUGUGCUAAGAGGAAGCACGCUGAAGGUGAGCAUGCAAUUAGCUGUGAAAAAACAUCCUUCAACAAAGAGAACUCUGUGCCCUUUCCAUCAGACGUUCAGCAUCUUAAUGGGGAGCAUACAGCUGAUAAGCCCUUGGAUCUGUCUGAUCGCUUCUCUGGAGUUCGUUGCCAAGACAAAAAACAAGGCAGUGAGGAGACCUGUAAAAAUAGACUGAAACAGGUGACUCUGCAUGACAUUUUUUCACAGCUAGGGAAGCCUGUUCCUGAAGGUUCAUCACCCAUUCAAAAUGCCAACAAUGAGAGCUGUUUGUUUGGCAGAGAUAUACAAGAGGAAUCCUAUGUAAGAGAGACAAUGCUGGGAAGGGCAUUCCCAGAUAAGAAAAACCAGAUCCAAACGAAAGAAGUUCCUACCUUCAAAAGUGCACCACUGCCAAGUUCUGCAGAGACAGAGCAACUUUUUGAUGAUGUGAAGGUUGCCAGUGGCCAUGUACCAAAUAGAAAGAAAACAAGGACAGGGCAUGGAGAGUCUGAACCAGCAUCUGUACUUCAACCAAACCCUUGUAGACUAUCAAAAAAUAAAGCACUGCAAAAUGAGCAAGACUUGAAAGAUAAACCUUCCUUAGAAAACCUCCAGUGGAGCAUAGACCCAGGAGCUGAGCUUUCACAGUACAAAAUGGACAUUACUGUGAUCGAUACGAAGGAUGACUCUCAGUCAGGAGUCAAAGAGGAAGUUGUGGAUAUGGACUACACAUAUGUCAGUGAAAAUGUGCUAUUAAAAAUGAAAAAUCAAGAGCAAAGCCAGGAAAGCAGUCCAAGAGGAGAAAAAAAAAAGCAUGAUACCUUCACAGAAAUGUUUGAUCGGACAACCCUCGGAGAAUAUGAAUCCUGCCUGCCAGAAGAUAGUCCUUCUGCCUGUGAUGAAAAAGAAACUCCUUAUGAUGAAGAGCAGGACAAGGGAAUAACAGCAGCAAGCAAGAGACUAAAGAAGCAUGACGAUAAACAAGAUAAAGCCAAGCAGAAAGCUUUUGUGGAGCCGUAUUUCAAAAGUGAUGAAAGAAAGAAUACUGUGCUAGAUUUUCCUCAUAUUGAGGUUAUUCGGAAAAAAGAAGAAAGAAGAAAAUUGCUUGGCCAUACUUGCAAGGAAUGUGAAAUAUAUUAUGCAGACAUUCCAGAAGAAGAGAGAGAGAAGAAACUGGCUGCCUGUUCAAGACACAGAUUUCGCUACAUUCCUCCAAAUACUCCUGAAAAUUUCUGGGAGGUUGGAUUUCCUUCCACCCAAACUUGUGUGGAAAGAGGAUAUAUUAAGGAGGAUCUUGCUCCCUGUCAACGGCCAAAAAGACGGCAGCCUUAUGCUGUAAUGUUUUCUCCAAAAGGCAAAGAGCAGAAGACAUAAAGGAUGGGGAAGUAAGGCACGCCAACUUGAAGAGUAUAUUUCCUGUCCUUAGGUAUUUAUAGUUAAUAUAAACUUGAAAUACAGAACUGUUUUUUCCACAAUGAUAGAUAAAUCAUCUCAUUAAAUAUGUAAAUUUUAUAAAAUUCAUUUGGAAAUCUGAUGUACCAGGAAACAAAACUAUUUAAUGUACGUUUGUUUCAUAUUGUGUUAAUACAUUUUGUAUUAAUUUUUGCACCU